AAAAAAAUUCUGCCAUGGCAUUUCCUUACUUGGAAUCGGUCGUUGGUUUUAUGAUAUGCAUGUACAUUUUUGAGACAUACCUCGAUAUACGGCAACAUGCUGCUCUUAAGCUGCCAACACUUCCAAAACCGUUGGUAGGAGUAAUUAGCCAAGAAAAGUUUGAGAAGGCUCAAGCUUAUAGUCUUGAUAAAAGCUAUUGGCACUUUUUCCAAUCAUAUAUCAACAUGCUUAUGGACACGGUGAUUUUGUUAUUUGGGAUCUUACCUUGGUUUUGGAAGAAAUCAGGAAAUGCUUUGGUGUUCUUUGGUCUUAAUACAGAGAAUGAGAUACUGCACACACUUUCCUUUUUAGCAGGUGUUACGAUUUGGUCCCAGAUUACGGAGUUGCCAUUUACUUUGUACUCAACAUUUGUGAUUGAGGCCCGCCAUGGUUUUAACAAGCAAACAGUACGACUCUUCAUCAGGGACAUGAUCAAAAGUAUUAUUUUAACCAUUGUGAUAGGCCCACCUAUUGUGGCUGCAAUCAUUCUGAUAGUUCAGAAAGGAGGUCCUUACUUGGCCAUAUAUCUGUGGGGUUUCAUGCUUGUCCUGUCUCUGGUUAUGAUGACGUUAUACCCUAUCCUAAUUGCCCCACUUUUUAACAAGUUCACCCCACUUCCUGAUGGUGAGCUUAGAGGAAAAAUUGAAGACCUUGCUUCCUCACUCAAAUUCCCCUUAAAGAAGUUGUUUGUUGUAGAUGGAUCAACAAGGUCAAGCCAUAGCAAUGCAUACAUGUAUGGAUUCUUCAAGAACAAAAGGAUAGUUCUUUAUGAUACAUUGAUUCAGCAGUGCAAUAAUGAUGAGGAUGUCGUUGCUGUCCUGGCGCAUGAGUUAGGCCACUGGAAACUAAAUCAUACAAUGUACACCUUCGUUGCUUCCCAGAUCCUCACAUUCUUACAGUUUGGAGGGUACACACUCCUUAGGAACUCAAAGGAUAUGUUUCAGAGUUUUGGCUUUGACACUCAACCAGUUCUUAUCGGGCUUUUGAUUUUUCAGCACACUGUUAUUCCUUUGCAGCAUCUUGUGAGUUUCGGACUCAAUCUUGUUAGCCGAGCUUUUGAAUUUCAGGCUGAUGCUUUUGCAAAGGAACUUGGGUACGGUUUGCCUCUUCGUGCUGCUCUCGUAAAGUUGCAGGAGGAAAAUUCGUCUGCAAUGAACACAGAUCCUUGGUAUUCUGCUUACCAUCACUCUCAUCCCCCGCUGGUAGAAAGAUUGGCUGCAAUUGACCAACUUGAUAAAAAGACAGACUGAUCAUGACUUCAGGCAAACCACUCCCCCACCCACCCUCCCUGAAAAGAAGAGCAGACGAGCAGUAGAAAAGAAUUACUUCGGAUAGUUCAACUGCAGAUACAUUAUCUUCGCAACAUAAAUCACUCUACCUAUCUUUUGUACCUCAGAUCGUUAAGUAAUGUUCGAAAAAGGGAAGUUUUGAUUUUCUUUCUUUCUUAAUUUGGCCUAACCUGUGCGACUAAACCACAUAUAAGCUCUAGGCUUAGUGUAGUUGUUUUACAGAAAGUGAACUCAUGUAUUAUGUACACCAUUAUUAGUACUGAUACUUCAAACGUGCUUAACUGUCC